AUGGCCCAUCCGCCGCCGUACGAGCCGUUCUACUUACCCCCGCCGCCUCCGGAGUACGUCUACUCCGGCGGAGAGCGGAAUGGAAUUAACACGCUGUUCAUCUCCGGCCUCCCCGACGACGUGAUGCCGCGUGAAAUCCACAACCUCUUCCGCCGACGCCCCGGCUUCGAUUCCUGCCAGCUCAAAUACACCGGACGCGGCAAUCAGGUUGUAGCUUUUGUUACCUUUGUAAACCAUCAAUCAGCAAUGGCAGCUCUGCAUUCUCUGAACGGUGUUAAAUUUGAUCCUCAAACAGGCUCGACUUUGCACAUCGAAUUAGCAAGAUCAAAUUCGAGACGAAAACAUAAACCAGGAAGUGGUCCGUAUGUUGUUAUCGAUAAUAGAAAAAAAUCUGAUGCGGAUGCUGGGGGAUCAUCGAGUGAUGGUGGUCAGGAAGCCUUCUUCGAUUUUUCAUUUUUUUAUUUGUCAAAAUUCAACCUUGUUUCACUAGACCAAGCAGAUAAGAGAACAGAUGGUGCUUGCUCUACCUUGUUUAUUGCAAAUCUUGGCCCAAAUUGCACUGAAACAGAACUGAAGCAAUAUAUUUCUCAAUAUCAAGGAUUCAAUAGCCUUAAGGUUAGCGCAAGAGGUGGAAUGCCGGUUGCAUUUGCUGAUUUUGAGAGAGUUGAACAAGCAACCGAGGCAAUGAAUCUCCUUCAAGGAUGCUUGCUACCAUCCUCUGACCGUGGUGGAAUGCAUAUCGAAUACGCCAGGUCGAAAAUGAGGAAGCCCUGA